GCCCUCUAUUAAAAGGUCCACCGGCUGUAGCAGCAGAAGAGUGGCCACUCCCACAUGAAGAGCCAUGGCUCCUUGUUUAUUUUAUUCCCAUACAAAUGCUUUUUUAGCCCAUCUGUGCAAAAUCUGUGAAGUUGUACGGUGUCGAAGAGGUGAAGAAGUGCGAUACUCUGUGUUGCUGGAUAGCAAGGCCAGUGAGACUGUAAGAGAAGUGAGCUACAGCUGGAUGACAGAGCUCCUUUUCCCCUGUGCAUUUCAGAGAGCAACGGGUAAGAUGGAUUGCACCUCGGAGGGGGACAGCUGAACUCUCCCUCUGGCUUUAGUGAGGAAAGAGCAGCGAUGAAAUCCGUGGACUGUUUGCACGUCAUCCAACAGAAGGAUACCGCCUCUUCUCCCUCUGCCCCCCCCGGUGCUGCCUCGGGCACCACGGGACCUUUUUCUAUCACAUUCCUGUGGCUUGCAAUGCUCCUGUCCUCUUGUCUUGCAGCAGUGUCUCUUUACCAUGUUAUCACCCUGAAAACAGAACUAGAAGCUCUGCGCAGCGAGCUGAUCUACAGGGUCCAGGCAAGGUCUCCGCUAGACCAGCCACCCGUGUCCCCUGACAAAAAUAAAGUGGGUACCUCUGUUUCUUCCUUCCUGCAAGUGUCUGCAGCUGGCACCAGGCAGGAAAACAGGCUUCCUGGUCAUGGCCCAGCUGAGAACUUCCAAAACGAAACCUGGAAUGGGACCAGAAACAGGGUGAGAAGGUCUGUUGUCCACACAGAAGAAACAGUGCUGCAGGCCUGCUUGCAACUGAUUGCUGACAGCAAAAGUGAUAUCCAACAGAAAGAUGAUUCAAGCAUUGUCCCUUGGCUUCUGAGCUUUAAACGUGGAACGGCUCUGGAAGAACAAGGAAAUAAAAUAGUGAUCAAAGAAACAGGCUAUUUUUUCAUAUAUGGCCAGGUUUUAUAUACCGAUACAACAUUUGCUAUGGGACACCUAAUACAGAGGAAGAAGGCCCACGUGUUUGGUGAUGAUCUCAGCUUGGUGACAUUGUUUCGUUGCAUCCAAAAUAUGCCACAGUCUUAUCCGAAUAAUUCUUGCUACACGGCUGGCAUUGCAAAGUUAGAAGAAGGGGAUGAACUUCAACUUACAAUACCACGGAGAAGGGCCAAAAUAUCCUUGGAUGGAGAUGGUACUUUUUUUGGUGCAGUUAGACUCCUCUGAAGCCAUUAAUUUCUGUUUUUAUGCAUAAUGUCUUUUUAUUCUUUUCCUUGCUUUUGUCAGAAAAAAUAUUGAAUUGUAAUGAAGCUGCCAAUUCAGUCUCUCCCCAUCCACUACCAGCUUCUGAGAACUUCUUUUCAGUUUAAUAAGGGAACCCAAAACAGGAAACACACCAGAGAUAUAACCGUCAUGUGAUUACCAGAAAGCAAAAUUAUUUUAGACAAAGGGAGACUCUAAAUAACAACUGUAAAGUAAUGGUUUAUUGGCUUUGAAAUUAUUUCUUGCCCAUAAGGCAAAUCAAAGAAGGAGUCGCCUCUAAAGUAUAGCAUAAACAGGACCAUUGACUAUCAAAUUAUUAUCCAUAAUUGAAAAGGAAAACUAAAACACAUCUUAGAUUUGCUUUGUUUAAUCAAUAAUAUAUUUUAAGUAUAAAGUAUGGAGAAGAAACAUCGAACAGGAGAUUCCCCAUCACAAAAUGGAGAUGUCAGGUGUUUUUGGCCUUUUUUUUUUAGUUUUUGUUCUUUGACAGCAAGAUUUUGAGGAAAGAAAAACAUGUAAAUCCAUGGGAUAAUGAAAACAAACUUUUCAGAAAUAAACAGAAUAGUAGCCACCAGCUUGCUUGCUUCUGUGAACAAAAGGUGUAUUAAUUACUAAAAUCUAUUAGUAUUUACUAAUUAGGAGUAGUUUCAAUAGAAAAAGAACAUAUAAGAUGCAUCAACAGCUUGAUUUCAAAGUAUUGCUACUCAUCAUGGAACAUGUAUGCUUCUGUGUAAGCAAGGCAGGGAUAGAAAGAAACAUGGUGAGAUUCAACAAAAUACAGUGGGUGGAAUUGGUUUUCUGGUUUCAUAAUUUCUGUAGUCAAAUAAAGAUAUUGUGUAUGUAUGUAUAUAUAUGAAAAUAUGGAAACACAUGUAUAAGCCUUUGACUUUUGGGCAUAGAAUUUUAUCUUCUUCUGAAUAGUGUAUCCAAUGGAAAUAUUUCAUAUCUUUUUUUAUUUGUCUUGCUUUUUUCUAUUCUAUGCAAUGUAGUAAAAAGAAAAAGUCAAUAAGCCUGGAACCAGCCAUACAACUAACAAACUAUUUGUAUUCCAGACAUCUGGGCUCAACCCAUAGGUUAACUAUAGACUUUUUCUGCAGUUUUGAACUCUGUUUUACAAAAAAAUCAAACCUGUAGAAAGACUAGACAGAUGUCUUUUUUCUUUUAUGUUGUCUGUGUGCUUAGUUCAGUAGAUAAGAUCUGUGUCUUUUUUACUCCAAGAAUCCAUGUGUAUUGUGUAGUCAAAGAAAUAGUGCAGUAGGCAUGUGGCUGCGACUUCGAGGAGCUAUUGUAAUUCAAACAUUGAAUACUUAUUCCAAUGAUCUUCAAAGAAGUAUCGAACUGCUACUGGAAUAGAUAAAAUAAGAAAAUCCACAGUAAUGAACUGUAUUUAAUUUGAAAAUAUUUUUAGGAGUUAAGAAUUGUGUCAUAUAAGCUGAUUUAGUAAAGCAACAACAUUUUGUGUA